CGAGGUCAGAAGUGGGGUUUAUUGCGUGUCUCCUUCAUAUUGUCCUACGCCGGUUUUCCUGAAAGGUUCAGACCUACUUUUAAUCCACCGAGGUUCAAUAAAUUGAACGAUUACAGUUUUUGAUAAAAUGGCAGUUCCUCCAGCAUAUGCAGAUCUGGGAAAAUCUGCGAAGGACAUCUUCAAUAAAGGAUAUGGGUUUGGGAUGAUAAAGCUUGAUGUUAAGACCAAGUCUUCAACUGGAGUGGAAUUUAAAACAUCUGGCUCAUCAAAUGUAGACACCAGCAAGGUCGUUGGUACCCUGGAAACCAAGUACAAAUGGGCUGAAUAUGGGCUGACAUUCACAGAGAAGUGGACCACAGAAAACACCCUCGGGACUGAAGUUUGUGUUGAGGAUAAGAUYACCAAAGGACUGAAACUUAAUUUUGAGACGACAUUUUCACCCAACACUGGCAAGAAGAGUGGCAAAGUCAAGACUUCGUAUAAGAGGGAGCACCUGAACGUGGGUCUUGACGUAGAUUUAGAUUUUGCAGGUCCAACAAUCCACGGAGCAGGGGUGGCUGGAUAUGAGGGGUGGCUGGCAGGCUACCAGAUGACCAUCGACUCGGCCAAAUCCAGGAUGACCCAUAGCAACUUCGCUGUUGGUUACCAGACUGGAGACUUCCAGCUCCAUACCAACGUAAAUGAUGGUUCAGAGUUUGGUGGAUCCAUUUAUCAGAAGGUAAAUGAUAAUCUGGAGACUGCUGUGAAUGUCGCCUGGACCGCAGGCAGCAACGGCACUCGCUUUGGAAUCGCUGCUAAAUACCUGUUAGACCCCAAUGCCUCCAUAUCUAUGAAGGUAAAUAAUUCCAGCUUGGUAGGAAUCGGAUACACCCAGACUCUGCGGCCUGGUAUGAAACUCAGCCUGUCAGCUUUAGUAGAUGGGAAGAAUAUCAACGCUGGUGGUCACAAGCUCGGUCUAGGCCUGGAGUUGGAGGCGUGAGAGUCACCUACACUUCUUUUUUUAAUAGAAUAUCAGCAGGACCUGGGCCUGUAUUUAUCAWACUUCUUAGAAUUUCUCUUAAGAAUGCUGUUAAGAAUGGACUUAAGUGUAAAAAAAUUCUUAGCUAAAUAAAAGCUGAGACUAAAAGUCAGUUAUCAAGCAUCUCAGUCUCAAUUUAAGUGGUGUAAAAGUAAAUCAGAAGUGUCAGUCUUAGAGCUGAUUUACAACACUUUGCUGUUCUGCAAAGCUGAUCCUGGAUG